GACAACAGACCUGAGAUCACUCACUCUCUCUCUCACUCACUCACUCACUCACGCUCUCACCGAGGAUUAAACUCUCCCUUCAAACUCUUCCUUCACGGAAUAAUCUUCAUCUUCUUCAUCAUGACUCUGGAGGAAGUCCUGGUCCAGAAACCCGCAGAGCGAGACCUGUGCAAUGGGCAGACUCUGGAGGACGCGCUCGUGUCCGCGAGGGACAACGAGUCUCUGACCGUCGGUGUCUACGAGUGCGCGAAAGUCAUGAAUCUUGACCCGGACAGCGUGUCCUUCUGCGUCCUGGCCGUGGACGAGCAGUUCGAGUGCGACAUCGCGCUCCAGAUCCACUUCACGCUGAUCCAGUCCUUCUGCUUCGACAACGACAUCAGCAUCGUCCGUGUCGGCGACGCCAAGCGACUGUCGGCGAUCGUUGGCGACGACAAGGCGGAGCAACUGGAAGACGCGCACUGUGUCCUCAUCACGAACCCGGCUGAAGGUUCUUGGGAGGAUCCAGCCCUGGAGAAGCUGCACGUGUUCUGUGAGGAGAGUCGUGGUCUGAACGACUGGCUUCCUGAGAUCAGCCUCCCCGGCCGCUGAUCUGGGACCUGGACUCUGGUCUCCAUUUGUGCUCAGAUGCUGUGAAGCUUCUUAUCUGGAAAUACUCAUCCUGACGAUCAGGGUGACCCUGUUUCUGCUUGUCCUGGAUUCUCCUGAGGAGGAUUCAAGUCCAGGCAACACGGCGCCGGCCCCGGGCCCACGCCCCGCCCUCCUCUGAAGGGAAAAAGGGGCGGGCCCCCCGGCCGACCGCCAACCGUCGUCUCUCGUACCCGUCCAUGCCAAGAUGACUCUCAUUCUUUAUGUGAACGAGGUCGGGCAUGCCACGAGAGCGACACGUCGACCCUCAUUCUUUGUGCGGAUGAGGUUUGGAGAGGAAGGAGAAGCGACUCGCGCGUCCUGUGGUUCCCGCAGAGCCGACGUCGCCAACCGUUGACGCACGCGCAGCAGGAGAAGAAGCGGUGCGGAGGAAGAGGCGUCUUUAGAAGAGAGACUUUUUUUAAAGGCGUCCUCUCUGCUGAGCAACAUGACAACAGUUGUCUUCAGCGCCAAAGUUUCCCACUUUCCAGAAUUGUCUUAAUUCUCUAAAGGUUUCACUUUAGAAAUUUAACGAUGACAAAAAAACAAGAAAAAAUCUCUAAAGGUUUCACUUUAGAAACUUUGAUACUGAAAAAAAAAAAUAAUAAUAAAAACUUUUUUUUCUAAAGGUUUCACUUUAGAAAAAAAACAAUGAUUAAAAAAUAUGAACAUUUUUGAGCAGAAAUUGCAUUUUCUUUGAAGGUUUUACUUCAGAAAGUGACUCAAUGAAGCUGAAAAUGUUACAAAAUUACACAUUUUAUUACGGCUUUUUUGUAUUAUGAAGAAAAAAAGAAAAUAUUGGGGAAAAAAGUCUUUUCUUUGAAGGUUUUAUUUAAGAAAACGGCUAAAAUACUAAUUUCACAUGAAUUUAUUUGUAUGAUGAAAAGAUGGAAAAAUGUUGGAAAGAAACUUAUUUAAAAUGUCUUUGUUGAAAAUAUUCAAUAAAAAGAUAAGAAAUGA